GUUCAAAAAAAAAAAAAAGAGAAGCGAAGCCCUCGUCUCCGAUUCAAUUCGUUCUAGCGGUGGUUGGUGAUCGGGCUCGGUCGAACAUCGAGGAUGCUGAGGAUUUCGAGGUGAAAGCAUGAGCAGAAUGUUGAACUUAAAUGAGCCCCCUCUUUCCGAAGAUGGGCCUAUGCGAUAUAUUUUGCUCCAGAAAGAUAACAAGCCCAUUUGCCGCACAAAGUCUUUCAAUCUUCCAUUUGAUGUCCCAUUGACUUGGUCUAUAACGAAAUUUAGACCAAGCGAGAUACUUAGUAACGGGAGAUUUCCAAAUUUCCGGUUAUAUCCAGACCCUGAAAAUUCUCACCAGUCCUAUGAGUGGGGAGCUUUUCUGAAUUUUCUUUGGAAGCAUCAAAGGGCUGGGCUUGUGAGUUCUGAGUACUGCAGGUUUUACAUACUUGCUCCUGAUGAAUUCCCUGAAUUUUCACAUGCUAUAAUUUUAUAUCAGACAGAAAAGCCAGGUCUCGUAUGUAAUCAACAGAACACAGGAACAUCAGGUCAGCUGCAUAAUGAUCGUAGGAUCUGUACCAGAAACUUCAUUCAAACUUCUAGCAGAAAAGAACAAAUAAGACAUGCUGACCGCUCUCCAAUAAAAUUGCCUUCCCCACCAGAGGUGGUCAUGCACCGUAGAGAUUCUAGACAUCAUUUGGGAGAAGAGAUUGUUGAUAAUGGAUUUUUAAAUAUGUCUCGAAUCGGUGAUGUUCCUUAUUCUAUGAAUGUACUUCACCAGGCACCCAGAAAACCCUCUCCUUGUGAAUCUGUAGAAGAUGCUCCUAGCACUUCUCAUCCAAAAUCAGUAAAAAGGGCAGAUGUUGUUAAUAGAAAUUUUGUCAAGACGGAUCCAAGUUACCUAAGAACUCUCAGUCAGACUCAUGCUGGAUGGAUUUUUGGAGCAAUAGCUGAGCUCGUUGACAACUCCAGGGAUGCUGAUGCAUCCAGGUUGGACAUUUCUAUUGAGUCUCUAUAUUCCAAGAAGGAAGGAAAGAGAGUACCUGUAUUAUCAGUCAUUGAUGAUGGACAUGGCAUGUCUCAUACUGAAAUCAUGAGAAUGCUUUCUUUUGGUCACAAACAGCCAAAUGAAGAUGAACAGGAUCGUAUUGGAAGAUUUGGCAUUGGAUUUAAGACUGGGGCUAUGAAACUUGGAAGAGAUGCACUUGUUCUUACCCAAACUUCCAACUCCAGAUCUGUAGCCUUGUUAUCUCAAUCUUAUAAUGAAAGCAAAGAAAAUCUUGAAAUCCCUGUAAUCACAUAUUCUAAGCAGUGCCAGUUCAUGGAAGUGGAUUUAAGUGUCCAGUCAGAAGUCUCCACAGAAAUUAGUUUGAAGGCUAUUAAGGAAUUCUCACCUUUCAAUGAAUAUUUUAUUGGUGAGAAACUUGGACUAUUUGGUGAAAUGGGAACUGGGACGCAAAUAUACAUAUGGAACUUGGAUAAAUGGGGCUCUGAUUAUAGUCUUGAAUGGUCCCAAAAUACAUCUGCCAGUGGUGACAUAUUAAUUCGUUCUAGGAGAGUAAGAUCACGCCCGGGGCAAGUAAGCCAGAAGGUACCGUUGGACUAUUCUCUUCGGUUGUACUUGGAAGUCAUUUUCUUAGAUCCUCGAAUGAAGAUUUAUGUCCAAGGUUCUCUGGUGAAAUGCCAACCUUUGGCCAAAUCACUAAAUAAAACUGCUAUAAUAUCUGGUGAUGUAAUGGGCAAAGCUAUUCAAUUAACACUAGGAAGAAGCAAUAUUGAAUGGCAACGAAUGAAUUGUGGAAUAUUUCUCUAUUGGCAUGGCCGCUUGAUUGAGGCUUACAAGCGAGUAGGGGGCCAGAUACAUAAUGCAGACAUGGGAAGGGGAGUCAUUGGAGUUAUAGAUGUGACAAAUUUAAUGGAUGAUGAAAAUGGCAAUGUGUGGGUGCUUAAUAGCAAACAAGGAUUUCAAGAUUGUGAAGCAUAUGCUGAACUGGAAAAAUGGUUGGGCCGCGUGGCAGAUGAAUAUUGGGAUAAACACUAUGAACCCCUUGGUUUGAAAAAGGGGAAUGAACGCUAUAUGCCAGAUCAUGAGUGGGUACAGUGUAGUAAAUGCCGGAAAUGGAGGAUAUUGACCAAGAGUUUCAACAGUGAUAACUUGCCUCUGGAAUGGUUUUGUUACAUGUCACCUUUUAACGGUAAAUGUGAGACUCCAGAGCAACAAAUGGGGCACGGCAUAAUCACGGUGUCUGCAAAGCGAUCUGGUUACACAGAGCAGACUGCCACUCAGCAAGAAGUCAUAUUAAAGAAUGCUCAGAAAAAGAAGAGAUCAUGUGCGGUCAUGGUUGCUGAUAGGGAGAAGCAAUCUGCAAGUACAACAAAAUUCAAUGAAAUCUCAGAUGAUGAACUUGGAGAGGAUGCUUCUCAAGCUGAUGAUGAAAUUCAACGGCCUCCUUUGAAAAGGCUUAGAAGAGGACCUGCAAGGAGUUGUAAGAAGUCAUAACAUAAUUUUCAUGCAAGUGAUAAUUGUAUAGCACGGGUGACAGAUGUCUCUGAAUACGAUCAAAGGUUGAAGUCUCGGACUCGGACAUCAAUCAAUUGUAUUGGAGGCAUGUGACUGAUUGGAGCCCCAAGAAUUUAAGGGUUUCGCUGAUUGAUGAAGGUAUCAUCAAACAGGUUCUUUUUUUCUUUGGAUGUAACUUUGUAAAUAGUGACACGCCGGCCUUUUGUUUUGACUGUAUCUUACAUCACACGUAGGAGGAAAGUUGUAUGAUAAUUAAGCCCAUUUUGGCAGUUUAAAA